CAGCAUGGAAGCGAAGUCUUCACUCCACAGCACCCUGUCCGAAACGGCCUCCGCAGUCCCAGUAGAGCAGCUCGCCGUGCACUGCCAUACCGACUCGGCGCGACAUGCCUUGAACACCUCUCUAAGAGUUGUCCUUUUUGCUCGGUGUCAGCUCACCGCUCGAUCCUAUCGGCCGUCUUGGUUGAAGUUGCCGCCCGGGGACGCUGCAAGCGCUGGCGCAGGGGAGAAGGAGCUGGAGCUGGAGCUGGAGCACUUGGAGAGGCUUCACCAGUCAAGUAGAAGCAGACCUUGGCGUCAUGAUUAGCCUGCGAAUCGCAGCGAGGUGGAAAUGAAACUUCAGUCUGCCGCGCUCCUCAUUGUGGCUUCCGGGGCAGCAUCGCGGAAUGUCGUCCAGUUCAACGUCACCAGGGGCCUUCCGGGCGUCCAUUUGGGCUCCCUGCCCUCUGCAGGCCGGCGCGAUACACACCCGGAGCAGCUUAUAAACGACGUCUCAGGGGGCGGGUACUAUGUGCAGGUGGAGGUUGGGACGCCGGGCCAGAGCAUGACGAUGCUGCUGGACACGGGGAGCAGCGACGCCUGGGUGCUCGGCCACGACGCCGAUCUCUGCACGGAACCGGACUUGCAGCAUGUCUACGGCAUGACCUGUACAGACACGUACGAUCCGGACAAGAGCUCCACCGACAAGCUCGUCAAGAGCGACGGGUUCAAGAUCACCUAUCUCGACGGCGGCACUGCGGCGGGCGACUACAUAUCCGACGACUUCACCAUUGGCGGCGUCACGGUCAAGUCGUUGCAGAUGGCCUAUGUCACGAAGGCGGCCAGGGGCUCCGGCAUCCUGGGCCUCGGCUUCAGCGCCAGCGAGCGUGCGGCGACCAAGUACCCCAAUCUCAUCGACGAGAUGGCCAACCAGGGCCUGAUCGGCUGCAAGGCCUUCUCUCUCUACCUCAACGACCGCCGCGCAGACUCGGGCACCAUCCUCUUCGGCGGCAUCGACACGGACAAAUUCAUCGGCCCGCUCUCCAUCCUCCCGCUGUACAAACCCGCGGGAGGCAACUACUCCUCCUUCGAGGUGAACUACGCCGGCAUCUCGCUGACCUUUACCAACGGCUCCGACCUGUCCGUCCCGACCAGCGUCCUGGACCACCCGACCUACGCCGUCCUCGACUCGGGCACCACCCUCUCUUACCUCCCCGACGAGAUGACCGCCCCGCUGUACUCCGCCCUCCACACGGUCUACGACGCGGACCUGCGCAUGACGCUGAUCGACUGCGCCUACCUGCAGGCCGAGCCGUCGCUCCGCCUCACCUUCACCUUCUCUCCCUCCCCCUCCACGGCCCGGAUAUCUGUGCCCGUCUGGGAACUGAUCCUCGACAUCCUCCCGGCCGCCUACCCGGCCCCGCCCGAAUUCCCGUCCCAGCGGGCCUGCGUCUUCGGCAUCCAGUCGACCGCCCUCUUCUCCUCCACCGGCACGGUCAAGGGCGGCGAGAAGGGCGUCAACUUCACCCUGCUGGGCGACUCCUUCCUACGCAGCGCCUACGCCGUCUUCGACCUGACGCACUACCAGAUCGGCCUGGCGCAGGCCAACCUGAACAGCAGCACGUCCACCGUUGUCGAGCUGUCGGGCGAGGAGGCCACGGGCCUGCCGAGCGUCACGGGCGUCGUGGCGCAGCAGACCACUUUCACGCCGACUUCUACGGCGACCGUCCAGGCCGGGGAUGAGGAGUCGUCUAGGUCGUCGGGCCGAGGGGGCCGAGGGGGCCGAGGGGAGAAUCUAGCGGGUGGUGGUGGCAGGGUGAUGUUGAGCGAGGCGUUGGCUGUUACCGUGGUGACGUGGGUAUUUGCGGGUUUGGGGGUUGCGCUCACGGCGUUUUGUUAAAAGUUAAGAAAAACCGAAAGCCGGUGUGGGUGCUUUUUUUUGUAUGGCUAGACUAUGAGCCAUAGACAAACACACUACGAGGCCAAAUGGGGUUAAUACUACUACUACUACUACUACUACUACUACUACUACUAGUAGUAGUAGUAGUAGUAGUAGUAGUAGUAGUAGUAGUAGUAGUAGUAGUAGUAGUAGUAGUAGUAGUAGUAGUAGUAGUAGUAGUAGUAGGGGAUUCCCAGUUAGAUACCUGACUUAAAUCUGGGGAUAGCGCGAGGGGAAAG